AAUUACUUCAAAACAUAUGUGCCACUAUUUUUAAUACUGCAGGAACCAUUACGUUGGUUACUCUUAAAAUCUCCUAGACAAGGUUCUCAAACAAUAGUACAUUUGGUCUUAUGUACAAAUUUAGAAAGAUCAACUGGAAAAUAUUUCUCUGAUUGUAUUGUAAGGAAACCAUCAUCUUUAACUCGUAAUCAAGAACUUGCUGAACAAUUGUGGAUAAGUAGUGUAGCUUGGAUUAAUAAAUGAUGAAGAAAAUACCAAUAUUUGACAUUCAUUAUCAACAAACUGUUGGUGAAUGUUCUAAUGUUUUCAAACCUCUUAUUGGGGAUGUAUGCCAAAUUUCAGUUGACAAUGUUGAAAUAUUAUCAGACUUUGAUAAUUCAAAAGUGUUUAUAGGAAAAACUGAAACUGACAUAAAGUUAGGAGAAUCAGAUUGUAUAUUAGAUAGAGGAGUAGAAGAAAUUUUAUUGUCUAUGUGCAUAGAAGAAUGUAAAAAAUUUGUCUUGGGAGAUGGCAAUAAAGCUUGUGUAUCAGGGAUUAUAAAACUCUUAGAUGUAAAAAAAAUAAAGUUUCCAUGUACUGAUAAAGAUCGAAUAUUGGAAGCAGAACAUCAUAAAAAAGUAGGAAAUGAUUUAUUUAAACAAAAACGUUAUAUUGAUGCUUUUCAUCGUUUCAAUAAAUCUAUAAGAUAUAUAAUAUUUUUACAAAAUCAUGAAAAAUUUUUAUCUGAACGAAAUUUAUUAUACUCUAAUUUGUGUAAUAAUAUGGCGGCUUGUCAAAUAGAGUUUUGCAAUUAUGAGUAUGCCAAAGAUUUAUUGGAUAAAGUUUUACAUGUAAACAGUGAUAAUAUCAAAGCAUUAAUGCGAAGAUGUCAAGUUUCUGCAGAGUUAAAAAUGUUUGAUAGAACAUUGGAAGAUGCUAGAAAUUUGUUAACUAAAGAACCUAAUAAUAGUAUUGGAAAAAAAUAUGAAAUAUUGGCUCUUAAAGAAUUAGAAAUACAAAAUAUUAAGUAUAAAAAUAUGGUUAAAAAGAUGUUUUGCUAAUGAAUAUAAUAUUUACUUUUUAUUAAAAC